ACAGCCCAAGAGAAAUGAAUGUAUAGUUCCACCAUGUCUAUCCCAACUUCCCAACCAACCCACCAAAGUCCCAACUCCCAAAAGCCCAUCAAGCAAAAAUGGAGCAAAUAGGAUAUCAGGUACACACUAGCAUUUGAUCUUUGGAAGCAGCGGGGUCUGGUUUUUUGGGCCCCCAAAUCCAACAGAGUCCUCAACCCUUCUCUGUCUCUCUUUCUCUCAUUUCCAUAGCCGAAACCAGGAGCUACCUUCGCUCUCUGAUUCUGUUGUACAUGCUCCUGCAUUGAGUACCCCAUCAGGUCUCACCGUCCCAACCCUCUGCUAUGCAUUCACCCUGAUAUGUAUCGCAGUCUUGGCGCACACCGCCUCAUAUACCGAGCUCGAAUCUCACGCCUAGUAAAAACUGGUCUCAUCGACCAAGCAGUCCAAGUGUUCGACGAAAUGACUCAAUCAAAUUGCCGCAUUUUCAGCAUCGACUACAACCGCUUCCUCGGCGUACUGGUCCGUGAAUCUCGUUUCGACUUAGCUGAGCACUACUACUACAAAAUGACCCACCAGGGUUUUUCUCUAAUCCCAUUUACGUACUCAAGGUUCAUCUCUGGUUUGUGUGAAGUCAAGAACUUUAGCCUCAUUGAUAAGCUUCUAGAAGACAUGGAUAGGCUUGGUUGUAUUCCUGAUAUAUGGGCUUUUAAUAUAUAUUUGAACCUUUUGUGUAAUGAGAAUAGAUUAGAAUUGGCUUUGCUAUUGUUUUAUAGAAUGGUUGAGAAAGGUAGAGAGCCUGAUGUUGUAACAUACACUAUACUAAUUGAUGGGUUGUGUAAAGCUAGGCGGUUUGAUGCCGCGGUUGAUAUGUGGCGUGAAAUGAUUGAUAAAGGGCUUAGUCCCGAUAAUAAGGCGUGUACAGCGCUUGUUAUAGGGUUGUGUGAUGGUGGGAAGGUUGAUUUGGCUUAUGAGCUUACAAUGGGUGUGAUGAAGGGUAGAGUUGAGUUUAAUAUUUUGAUGUUCAAUGCAUUGAUUAGUGGGUUUUGUAGAGCAGGUAGGAUUGAUAAGGCGCAGGCAAUUAGGUCGUUUAUGAGGAGGAAUGGGUGUGAGCCGGAUUUGAUUACGUACAAUGUGUUAUUGAAUUAUUGUUGUGAAGGACUUAUGUUGGAGGAGGCCGAGAAGUUGAUGAAGAAGAUGGAGAGGAGUGGGAUGGAACCGGAUGUUUAUAGUUAUAACCAACUUUUAAAAGGGCUUUGUAAAGCAAACCUGCCGGAUAAGGCUUAUUUGUUGAUGGUGAAUAAGAUGGAGGCACUGGGGUUGUGUGAUGCUGUUUCGUAUAAUACUAUUAUAAGAGCCUUUUGCAAGGCAUCCCGUAUUAGAAGGGCUUACAAGCUCUUUGAGGAAAUGCAGCGGAAGGGGAUUGCACCAGAUUUGGUGACGUUUACAAUUCUUAUAGAAGCUUUUCUUAGAGAAGGUGAUUCUGUUGUAGCAAAGAAACUUCUUGAUCAGAUGGCUGGCAUGGGUUUGUUACCUGAUCGUAUAUUUUAUACUACAAUUGUUGAUCAUCUAUGUAAGACUGGGAAAAUUGUGAUGGCUCAUAGUGUUUUUUGUGAUAUGGUGGAGAAGGGAAUUGCACCUGAUGUGGUUUCAUACAAUGCCCUCAUAAAUGGGCUUUGCAAGGCUUCUAGAGUGAGUGAAGCCAUGCUUCUUUUUGAGGAAAUGCAGACAAGUGGGUCCUAUCCUGAUGAAGUAACUUUCAAGUUGAUCAUUGGAGGGCUUAUACGAGAAAAGAAACUUUCAUUGGCUUGUAGGGUAUGGGAUCAGAUGAUGGAGAAGGGCUUUACUCUUGACAGUGCUGUUUGUGAAACACUAAUAAAUGCCAUCCAUUCAAGAGAUGCCACAUGAAUGUAAAAAAAUGGUUGAAUUUUAUGGUAUUGAUGCCGUUUUGGUCUUUAUAGCCUGUGGCAGAACACAUAUUUGCCAGUAUUAAUUGGUUUGACAUUGAGCUCGUCAGGCCUAUCCUGUUCUGCCCUGUUGCCCUUCUUGGAAGUUUCCCAAAAAUGGUACUCAGAUGGGGGACAUUUUGCACUCGUAAGAGAAAUCUCUUCCUCUGCCGAGUUCAGGUCGUCCAACCUGAACCAAAGGAUGCUUUCAUGAAAGGUUCACUUUUGAUGGAAGGUUAAAUUUGGAGGCAGCAAAGCAACUGGAAGGGAAAGUAUAGAAUGGAUGUCUUCAUGGCAGAAGUGAUGAGGUGGGUAAUGGAUGCAUAAUUGGGCUAAUGGGACACUUUUCAAACUUUAGGAAGGCAACGUGAAAUCGGGCCUAAUCACAGGUAUUAAGGCCUCUACAGCAUGAAAAAAGGGAAGAGACUAAUGAUUCAAUUUGAAUUUGAAAUUUAGAUGCAGAGAUUUUUUGCAGCCGAAGAGAAAUUUAUAGGGAAUGGAGCAGAAGUUUUGUUCCAAGGACUUGAAACCACGUUGCUGCCCAGUUUUGUGAUUGAAUAGUUGAAAAUGAUUACGAGCCCAGUAAAAGAGUUUGAAAUUUUAUCUAGAACAAUGAGGGCAAUGUCUGAAGGACAUGCAGAGUAUAAUAAUCCCACAACUAUGAUGGGAGGACACACUGAUAAUUCAUAAUCGAUACAUGAGAACUAACCAGAUUACUGUUGAA